AUGUCAACACAAUCCAAUCCGAGACCGUUGGCAGCUCUGGGGCUCCUGCAGUACCUCGACUCAUUGCCACAACCUGCAGUCGUCCUGACGGUUGGAAGCUCGUUUGCAGAACAAACCAUUUCCUACGUAAACCCUUCCCUCUAUGCGGCCUUAAACACUACACACAACCUUGUUGAAGGUUCUCCGAUCGCCGACCUAAUUCUCGUGGACAACCCUUGCGAAUUCGAAAACUGGAUCUCGUUCGUUUGUGCGAGCGGACAAUCACCUCAACCAUUCACAACACAAAUCAUUAACUCGAGAUGGACGUCGCCGAGCCGGAGCGCGGCUUUGGUCGAGUGGUCCGCUGUGUGGAUGAGACCAGAGUAUAUCACCCUGACCGGCAAAUGGCUUGCCGAGUCGUCGACGACUAUCGAACAGAUAGAUACAGGUGAAAUCGUGGAGUCAUUUGGCGAUCUCACGCAUCCCACUGGAUGGAAGGCAAUUCCACGGCUGGCCAAAUCCUUUGCCGGUGGCGGUGUCAUGGGACAGCUGUUGCGAGAAGUCGACUGGACCGAGAGUCACCUUGGUCCAGUUCAUACGUGGCCUCAGUCCCUUAUGACUGCGCUCGCGUUGAUGUUGGCAUCGCCUUUCCCCAUGUCCAUCUGGUGGGGCCCGAAGUUCAUCCUGCUGUACAACGACGCUUACAUUCCAAUUUGUGCUGGCAAACAUCCAUGGUUGUUCGGCAAACCGGGAGCCGAGGCAUGGAGUGAGAUCUGGGAUGAUCUGAAAGGCCCUGCUGAGCAGGCUCUGUUGGGCGCUGGAAAGCACACCGUGGACGAUCUUCUGUUCAUGACACGCAACGGAUUCCCUGAAGAGACAUACCACACGUGGUCCUAUGUCCCAAUCCGUCAAGAGGAUGGAUCUGUAGGCGGUCUCUUGAAUCCAACGGUUGAAACAUCUCGUCAGGUGAUAGCUCAACGUCGCCUAAAAGCCCUCAGGGAAUACAGUGUUGCAGCUGGACAGGCCAAAGACGUGUCGAACCUUCUUAGCAUUACUGCGGACGUUCUCAGAGCAAGCGAAAGAGACGUGACAUUUGCUUUGUUGUACACGGGCAGCUCGGAAAUCGCGGAGGCGACCAACGGAGAUGUCGACAUUGGGCGGCCGUUCUCUCUACGCCUAGCCGAAGUGAUCGGGAUCACAAGGGAUCAUCGAGCCGCGAUCGAAGACAUCACUGUUGACCUGUCCAGGGACUUUGAGCUGCCGCAAAUAUGGCCUUUCCACGAGGUUUGCACCAAGCGGACGACAGUGGAGGUGCGAAAUCAAGAGCUCGUGGAAGGUAUUCCAGGGCGAGGAUUCGGAGAUCCUUCCAAAAUAGUAGUGGUCUGUCCGAUCGCUGGAAGUGAAGCCGAGGACAUACAAGGGGUCAUGAUCAUUGGAACAAGUAGUAGGCUACCAUACGAUGAGGACUACAUCACCUUCAUUGAGCUUCUAUUCAGGCAAACGGCCAGCAGCUUGUCGAAUAUAAUGGCUUUCAACGAGGAAGUGAAGAGAGCAGACGCAUUGGCUACCAUCGAUCGCGCAAAAACCGCCUUCUUCAGCUCCGUCUCACACGAACUGCGAACCCCGUUAACGCUCAUGCUGGGCCCAUUGGAGGAUUUGCUGACGACUUCCAAGGAAUCACCUACGGCAUUCCAAAUGGAGCGGUUAACGCUCAUUAACCGGAAUGCUCGAAGACUGCUGAAACUGGUGAACAGCAUAUUAGACUUCAGUCGACUGGAAGCCGGAAGAAUGCAGGCAUCUUUCCGGAAGACCCACGUCGCCGCCCUGACGAGAGACCUUGCGAGCGUGUUUCGGAGUGCCAUCGAAAAGAGGGGCGUCAAGUACGAAGUGCAAUGUGACGAGUCAUGCGAAGCCUAUAUUGACCGCGACAUGUGGGAGAAGGUGGUCUUCAACCUGAUCGGAAACGCAUUCAAGUUCACGAUGAAGGGCACAAUCCGCGUGUCAGUUGCGACCAGCAGCGAUAAGAUGCGCUUUAUCUUCUCCGUGCAAGAUAGCGGGAUAGGGAUCCCUAGCGAUCAACUUGACCGCGUAUUUGAACGAUUUCAUCGAGUCGAAGGAGCUUCUGGGCGUAGUCACGAGGGGACCGGGAUAGGGCUGGCGCUCACGCAAGAGCUGGUGAAGUUGCACGGCGGCGAGUUGUGGACGGAAAGCACAGUUGGGGCCGGAAGCACGUUUUUCGUCCAGAUUCCUCUCGGAUCGAGUCAUCUCCCACCAGAUAUGGUAUCCGAAGACUUCAACAAAACAGAAGAGGCUGAGCAUACCGUCGGUUCCUUGACAUACGGCAGCUCCAUUAUCGAAGAGGCGAAUCAUUGGAUGUCUUUGCGGGACAACGAUGGGAACAGCACACCUGUUGAUCACGCGACCACCAGUUCCGAACCGACCUUGUCAGAAACAUCCACGACAAUGCAACCCAGGUUACCUGUCACAACGCGCGGUUGCCGGGUGCUACUGGCAGACGACAACGCCGACAUGCGGGCGUACGUCAAAUCUAUCCUCGGCAAAGUCUGGCGGGUCACGGAAGUCUCUGACGGAUUGCAAGCGCUGGAGUCCGUCAAGGCAAAUCCGCCAGACUGUAUCGUAAGUGACAUCAUGAUGCCGAAUCUCGACGGCAUAGGCCUCCUUCGUGCUCUGAAAGGAGAUCCGAAGACGAAGGGGAUACCGGUCAUCCUGCUGUCGGCGAGAGCGGGCGAGGAAGCGAGAGUAGAUGGUUUGCAAAUGGGUGCAGAUGACUAUUUAGUCAAGCCGUUUUCUGGAAAGGAGCUCAAAGCACGCGUACAAUCACACCUAGAAGUGUCACGACUGCGACUGGAAUUGGAGAAGAGGGUCCAAGAACGGACGAAAGAGCUUGCGGAGUCGGAGUGGCGGUACAAAACCAUGUCGAGCCUCAGCCCAGUUGGGAUCUUCAAGUCAAAUAAUAAGGGCCACCUCACCUACGCCAACGAGAAGUUCUGGGAAAUCAGCAUGCACGAUCGCGUGCUGGACCCAGCGGGCAAGAAGAUUUUCGGCGCAGUGCACCACGAAGACCGCGACCACGCCAAAGAGGAGUGGCAGAAAGCGCUAAAGUUGCCGCGCCAUUCAGCAGAGUUCAGGUAUUACGAUGAGACCAAAGGCGUCGAGCACUGGGUGUUGCAAGAGACCAUCCUGGAGUACAACGAGGAGGGCCGGUCGAUAGGACUUCUUGGUACCAUCACCGAUCUGACUGAGCGGAAGCGGUUGGAGAAAGAGCGGUUAGAAGCUUUGGAGAUGGCGGAGAAGUACCAGCGACGACGUGCGGAGGAGGCCGAGUCUGUGAAACGGAAACAAGAGCUUUUCAUUGACAUGACCUGCCACGAGCUGCGAAACCCGCUCAAUGGGAUAUAUCACAACGCGGAUCUGGUCUAUGAAUCUCUGCAAAACGUCAACCGGCAAGCACAAAUGAUGCGAAAAACCCUCGGGUCGAUGCAGUGGGGCGAGACCAACGAGCCAUCCAUGGCGAGUCUGGAGAAUGUGCUCAACAAAAUGGAAGAGGAACUGACGCAUGACGUUGAUGCAGUGGAAACCAUCAUACAGUGCGCACACCACCAGAAAAACAUCGCGGACGACGUGCUGCAGGUGUCGAAGAUCUCGAUGAACCUGCUGCAUAUUUCGAACGAUAGCUUCCAGCCGUAUGUGGAGGUCAAAAAUGCGAUCCGCGUGUUUGAGACGGAGGCUAAGAUCAAGGGCACGAGUCUGUCCCUUAUUGUGGAUCCGGAAUAUGAGAAGCUUGGCGUUGAUUGGGUGUGUGGAGAUCCGAAGAGGCUGAGUCAGAUCAUGCUCAACCUGUUGACGAAUGCAAUGCGCUUCACAAAUCCGGUCAAGAAGGGAGAGAUCAAAGUUUUACUGAAUGCCAGCUCUGCACAGCCUUUCGACGCACCGAGGAUGCUCGAUGAAGACUUGAUGAACGUUGACGAUGCUGAGUCUAGUGUUGGUGAAUCCGCCAAACACACUGACAUCGAAGUGACCUCUCCAGGCCCACCCAUCUACAUCUCCAUCAGCGUAUCAGAUACAGGCGUCGGCAUGACCCAAGACGAGCAACAGCAAUUAUUCCGUCGCUUUUCCCAACCCGCCAUAAAAACGUACGGCGAUUUCGGCGGCUCAGGAUUAGGACUCUUCAUCACCAAGAAGCUUGUCGAGCUGCAGGGCGGUCAAAUAUUGGUUGAGAGCACCAAAGGCGUUGGGACGACAUUCAAGUUCUACAUUCGGUACGAGCUGCGAGAUCCACCAGCGAAUCCGCCGGACCGGACUCGCACCACCGAGUCGCAGAAGCAUCUGGGGCUUGAGACGCGCAAGCGGAGUUUCUCGCCGAACACGCCGAUUGAAGGGUCGUCGCGGCCGAAGCAUGGAUCGCAGCAGAAGCUGUCGCAGAAAUUGUCGUCUGGAUCGCUUAGUAAAGGGUUCAGGAGUACGCCGUCGUCACUGUCGGUGACAUCGGAUUUGCAAGAAUCUUUGGUGAUGGUUGUGGAGGACAAUGUCGUCAACCAGAAGGUCCUCAAGAAGCAGCUUGAAAACGUGGGCUACAAAGUACGGAUAGCGAACCACGGCGGCGAAGCAGUCGACCUGUUUGUAGCCAUCGGGUCCCAGUUCGACAUCAUCCUCAUGGACCUCGAGAUGCCCGUAAAAGACGGCCUCACAGCCGCCGCCGAGAUCCGACAACUGGAAGUAGCCAACGGCGGCAUAGCAACACCUCACGGCGCGCGCGUGCCCAUCGUCGCGAUUACGGGAAAUGCACGGAACGAGUACCUGCAGAAAGCCCUGUCGGUGGGGAUGGACGACCUGGUGACCAAGCCGUACUCGAAACCAGAUCUGUUUGCCAAGAUUGAUAAGCUCGUGCGGUCACGGAAAUCGUUGGCGGUGCCCACUGUGGGGUGA